AAAUCGUACAUCAAGCCUUCGGUCACUUCAUCAAUAAAACUAUUUUCGUUAUUCCUACCUUUAAUUAUAGGAUUCUUCACCUAUCAUUAUGUCAACAGUGGUCCAUUUUUACCAUUGUCGUGUCAAUUCUUUGGGUUGUGGUGUCCAUCGGCCAAAGAUAGUUUGAGAGGCUUCGUUGAUCCAAGAUUUGAAGAUGUCAAAGAAAUUUUCAUCAGGAAUAUCGAGAGUGGGGAUGAAGUUGGUGCUUCAGUUACCGUUUAUUAUGAUAAUGAAAUGGUGGUCGAUCUACAAGGUGGCAUUACCAAUUUUUGGAGUGGAAAAGCUUACGACGAAAAUACCCUGCAACUCGUUUUUUCAAGUACUAAAGUUUUGACCUCGAUCGUCAUUGCACGUCUAGUCGAACAAGACAUACUUGAUUAUAAUGAAAAAAUUGCGACCUAUUGGCCAGAAUUUGCUCAAGGAAACAAAGAGAACGUAACCCUCUCCGACCUCAUGCAACAUUGUGCAGGUGUUAGUUGGUUGGACACCGAAAUAAAAAUAAAAGAUUUGUACGACCUCGAUCAUUUUGCGAAGAUUCUUGAGCGUCAGCCUCACAAUUUUAAUGGUAAACGUGUACGCGCCUAUCAUGGUAUAACACGUGGUUACUACCUCAACGAAAUUGUUCGCCGCGUGGAUCCUAAACAUCGUACCGUUGGUAAAAUCGUUGCUGAUGAAAUUCUUCCCGCAUAUGAUAUCGAAUUUCACUACUCCAUAACUCCUGAACUUCAUCCGCGCGUUGCGAGUAUUUACACUUAUCCCAUGUUAAGAAUACUAGCUAAACUGCUAUUGCCGAAAUGGAUAACCAACGAGCCUUUGCCCCCCAUAUUUAACCAGAUGUUUGAUUCUAAUUCUGUUACCCAUAAAACUCUUGUACACACUUCUCCCGAUAAAUCACAACCUCAAGACUGGAAUCGAAUAGAAAUGCUGAUUCCUGAAGGGCCAAGUUAUAAUGGUGUAACGAAUUCACGAUCGAUGGCAAAGUUGGCGGCCAUGAUGGCAAACGGCGGAAAACCGGUUAUUUCGAACUUGACGGUGUUGACAUGGAGCUUGCUGGCUGGGGUGGUUCAGGCGGGGACCGCAGAGGUUUGGGUUUGUUGUCCUCCAUUGUGA